CGAACUUGUAGUGAGCAAUUCGUUUUGUUUCAGAAGAAAUCUUUCUCCACUGCCAAAGUAGCAGGCUUAAGUCCUCUACAAUCAUUUCUCCAAUUGAACAAGACGCUGUUCAAUGAGGAGCCUAACUCUCCGGCCAGCAUUAAUCAAAACGUUAUACCUCAGACGCAAACGCAUCAUUUGGAGUUGCGCGCCAAUGACAUGCCCGAGCAUGAUAACAUUAAGUGUGAACCAGAGGAUGAUACGUGCUCGAAUAGUUCCGAUCCGGACAGAUUAGAGAUCGAAGAUCGGGACGAGCAGGAUACAGAGGGUGAAGAGAACGGUUACGAUAUGACCAUUAACAAACGGAUGAAAAUGGAAAAUUAUGAGGAAUCAAAAUCGAGUACCCCGAAUCGCAGCCCGGUGAACAGAAUGGACACGCCUGAAAGUAAUUGUUCGGAUACAAACAUCGACCAAGAGACGACCAAGUUAUGGCAGGCGCUAGCAAACAAUAGGAGUUUAGAGAUCACCAGGACGAAUGGCGAUAAACUGAACAACGGGUUUACUGGCGAGGCUACGAAUCUACUCCGUUCUUUAAUCAAUAACAGACAAAUCGGCAUUACCGCUGUCGAUUCGGACAGGGUAUCACCGCAAAUCAGGUUUUAUAGGGACACUCAAGGGACGACGAUCGAACGUACAGUACCUGACUGUUCUGUACUCGGCAAUCGUACCAACGUCCCGUGUAUGGAAAAUAAGGUGCGUACCAUUUGACAUUGAAGGUCCAUUGAACAUAUUUAAAUAUUAAGAGUUUUAAUUAUAAGAGAACUGGUCCGAAUCCCUUUUUAAAGUUUCCCAAUAUACAUUCACGAAAUAAAGAUUAGAUAGUAAUUUGAAUAUAAAAACGGGCAAUAAAAUUUAAUUUUACUGACUGUAUUUAAACA